GGCGGCACAACGGGGACCGGCACCUCUUCGAGCCUCGACGCGGGACCAGGACCUUGCGCUUGCCGGAGAAGGAACCUCGCUGCCCUCUGCCCGCAGUCCGUGACAGACCUUCGGCCCCGAUUUCCCGCGUGCGCCGGACCCUCUUCCUCAACCACCACUCCGAAGCGACAACCCCCCGUCGCCAAUUCCGAAACCAGAGCGUCCGCCCGAACGCCGGUUUCUUUUUUUCGGUAUCUUAAUUCACCAUGGCCAGUCUCCGCGGGGUCUCGAGAUCGGCUCGCGCCCUUCAGCCUUUCUCUACUCAGUUCGUCGCCAGAAGAUGCGCCUCGACACAGGCUACCGGCGCCGGUGCCGCUGCCGCUGCCCCCAAAAGCAACAUCCCCGACCUCGCCGAGCUUGAGACACGAUCGGCAUUGGAGACUCCCCUCCCCAGCGAAGAGGACAAGAAAGAUUUCAGGCCAUGGAAGCGCGCGGCCGACAGGAAGGCGAGGUUGCCUAGCAGCAGAUACCAAUACCACCCCCCCAAGUACAACCGCGGCCCCCUCCACCCCAUCCAAUCCCCCGCCUCCUCCGACCCCAUCGCCCGCGACUUCGUCCCGGGCCCCUUCAACAUGCCUCGCCUCAAGGAAACCUUCCGCACCGUCAUGGCCUCCGACCUCAUGACCCUGACCUACAUCCACACACCCCCGGGAACCCCCAAAAAGGAACCCACGGAGCGCUUGCGCGCCUGGGAAGGCGACUCCCCUUACUUCGCCAACCGCGCCCGGCGCGCCCCCCGCGGCGCCCCCGAGCUUCCCAUCCGCGAGCGCGACAUUUCGUUCCGCAACAUCCCCGAGAUCCAGGAGAUCACGGUCUCGACCUUCGUCCCGCUCGGUCUGAAGAACCCGGAUAUGCUCAUCGUGGCUAGAGCUGUGCUGCUGGCCAUGACGGGGACGAUGCCGGAGAUGACUCGCAGCAAAUCAAACGUGGUGCAGUGGCAGUUGCAGGCGAACAAACCGGCGGGGUGCAAGACGACGAUUUACGGAAACGCGGCGUGGGAGUUUAUGGAUCGGUUGGUCCAUUUGGUUUUCCCGCGGAUCAAGGACUGGAAGGGCGUGGCGGCGAGUACGGGCGAUGGAAGUGGUAAUGUGCAGUUUGGGUUGAACCCGGAGGAUGUCCAGCUGUUUCCGGAGGUGGAGUGCAAUUAUGAUAUGUACCCCGCCAAGAUGAUCCCCGGUUGCCACAUCGCCAUCAAGACGACGGCCACUUCCGACAGACAGGCCAAGCUUCUUCUCCAGUCCCUCGGCGUUCCUUUCUACAGCACCUAAGCGCCAAACGCGGGCUGUUGGUCUUGAGAGGUUUGAGCAAGGAGAAGCAAAGAGGGAAAGGGAGGGGUCAAGCAUCUAGCAUUGUGUGUGGAUGAUGAUGAUGAUGG